UUGUCAAAUUGUCCUUCUAAAGUUGUCGUCCAUCAAGUCGACAUGGCACUCCAGUUCGAAAUCGCAGUGGGUCUGCGUAAAGGCCACAAAACAACGAAGAUUUCUGCUGGAAAGAGAAGUAUAACCGAUAAAUCAAUCAAUAUUAGGCCUGCCAGACUAAAGGGUCUUCAAAUAAAACAUUCAAAAUUUUUAAGAGAUGUGGUCCGAGAAGUAGUUGGAGUGCCUUAUGAGAAGAGAGCUAUGGAAUUGUUGAAAGUAUCAAGUGACAAGCGUGCUCUGAAAUUCUUAAAGCGUCGUCUUGGCACAUACAUUCGCGCCAAGAGAUGA